AUGAAAUCUUCCGGCCCAGUUCAUUUCGGAUAUUCUAGUCUUUUUUUUUCUUCCUCAUAUCUCUUACCUUUAUCGGUCCCGGUUUCAUACCACCUACUAAUCACUUCAAUCUACACCUUCUUCCUUUUAAUGCAAUUGAAAACCUUUCGAAAAUUACCACUGAUUACUGAUAAAUUAUUGAAUAAUCGACCAUGGACGUCAUCAGGACACUUCAGAUUUAUUUGUUACUCUAAGUCUGGAUUAUCAUAUAGACAAAGACAAAAUCCCAGCAAGAACCUACUAUAUUUCGCCCACGACGUAAGGCAUAGUCCCAAUUUCAAAACCACUAACGCACCUGGUGUUGCUCGUGAGUUUCACUCCUCAAAAUACAGAAGUCAAAACCCCUCUAGCCUGUCUUUGGGUUCUGAUCUGUCACCCCACUCUAAUUCAAGGGGUACCAGAUCGAAAGUGGUAUUGACAAUAGCGUCCCUAUCCACAGCAUUUUUUGGAUUUUUUUUGCUACAAGCUUAUCGAGUUUAUACAAUUGAUGAUUCCAAUGUUGACUCGAAGGGCGUCUUUCUUCCCCUUUGGUUUAGCAUGGACUGGCCGGUUCAAAGGAAGUAUCCAUUUCCUGAGUACUUGCGAUACAUAGACUUGAAACAUUAUGAGCAUAAUCUUGAUGAUCCUGAAUGCUUGCACAAAUUAAGAGACAGAAACAUCCAAUACCAGAUCCUCAAUAAGUUGUUUCAGCUGAACGUCAUCAGAGAUAAGUAUGGUCUACCUUUGACCAUCCAUUCGGAUGAAGCCGCUGGCUAUUCGAUGUGGAUCGAGCCCAAGCAUCCAUCGUUGCAUGGUGUAGACAUAAGGAUUGGUAAAAGGGACGGUCUGCUUUGGGCACUGGCAAAUUGGCGCAUCCGGUCGAUAAAUUUGUACGGAGAUAUCGAGGGUAUGAUUGCAGAUCUCGGGUCGCAAUUUGAUCCAAUGGUUUGUGGAGAAGAAUGUGGGUUGGGCGUCGCUGGCGACGUUUCGAGCAUCGAACUUUUGCCUGCUUCAAAUAUCAGCGAUCUGGCAAAAGUGGCUGAAAAAUGUGGGGAGAGGAACUACCGAGUUUUGUCAGAAGGUUCAUACCAAUUGCGCAACAGUGCAAACAAAUCUGUGGGUACUUUACAUUACAUUGGUUUGAUCGACUUCACUCAUCCAGGCGUCAACUGCGGUUUCAGGGUGGUUUACUUGGAGUUGCGAACAACGGAAAACGGGCAAACUAUCUCAUACAAAAUUGCGUAG